AUGUUGACUUCAGCUUCACUGCUGCUGCUGCUGCUGCUGGCUGCUUCCUCGUAUGUGUUCUGUGCUACUGAGCUCAUCCAGCCAGACUCAGUGCUCAUCAGACCAGCAGAGACUCUGAUCAUCACCUGUAGAGUUUCUGGAGCUUCCAUCACUGAUAAAAACAGUCACUUUGGAACAGCUUGGAUCCGACAACCUGCAGGAAAAGCUCUGGAAUGGAUCAAUCUUAUUUAUUAUGAUGAAGAUAUACGUGCUAAAGAUUCACUGAAAAAUAAGUUCAGUAUCUCUCGAGACACAUCCAGCAACACAAUAACCCUACGAGGAGAGAAUCUGCAGACUGAAGACACAGCUGUGUAUUACUGCGCUCGACGAGCUCCACAGUGCUGUAAGAUAUCAGCUGAGACGUACAAAAACUCACUCACAGCUUUCAUGAAGUCUGAAGCAGUGAUCAUUACACCUGGAGGAUCUCAUACUCUCACCUGUACAUGGUCUGGUAUAGACUUUGAUGGCUACUGGAUGGGCUGGAUUAGACAGCCUGCUGGAAAAGGUUUAGAAUGGGUGGCAACAAUUUCAGGUCCAAGUGGCAGCACUAAACGCUACUCUCAGUCAGUUCAGGGAAGAUUCACCAUCUCCAGAGAUAACAGUAAGGAUCAGGUGUAUCUGCAGAUGAGCAGCCUGAAGACUGAAGACACAGCUGUGUAUUACUGCGCCCGAGAGACACAGUGA